AUGAUGACCUCGUCACUCGCUGUCUCAAGGGCCUCAACGACAACUUCCUUCCGUUCGUCCGUGCAAUUGAGGCCAAGUCGGAUCCUAUCUCCUUCGACGACUUUCACGGUCUCCUCCUUCGUGAAGAACAGCGUCUUCAACAGUCUAAUCUCCUUCAUGAUGGUCCGCCGGCAGCUCACUUCAGCCGUGGCAGUCGCGGUGGUCGGGGGCGCUUCUCCGGUCGAUUUGGUGGUCGUGGCAGGGACGGCUGGGGGUACUCGUCCUCCUCCCCUUAUUUAA